AAAAGAUCAAUGUAAAUUGCUUACUUAACGCUAUGAAGUUGCGUUCCAACUACUCUUUAUAUUCUUUACCUUUAUUCUUCUUCUAAUGUCCCCCUAAAAACCUCACUACCUUACCUAUCUAUCAAUCUUCUUUUCCCAUUCUUUCUUUCUCUUUUCUUUCUUUUUCAUCAUCAUCAUUGUACUUUAUCAUCAUUCUCUCACAAAUCAAUGCAUGCCAAUGAAAUGAACCACAAUCUAAUCAACCCAUUUCCAUAAUCUCCCAUGGCAACACUCAUAGCUAGCACCUUUUACUAAGAAACUUAAAAAAGAUUGAUUUUUGGUUUGGAACUCACUCAACUUAUGGCAUCCAUUGCUACUUUCUUCAACAAGUUUUGCUAUCUUUUCAUCCUCAUUCUCCACCUUGGCUGCUUCAUGUUCACCACCGCCGCCAUCACCGGAAAACAAAAACACGACACCCGCCAUUUGUUACCAUCCAAGAAACGAAAAAUCUUACCUUUAUCACAACCCUCUUCACCUUCCCACCCUAAAUUCAAAACCCACAAAGCCCUUUCUUCGUCUUGGCAUUUCGUCAAACACCUCUUCUCCGCUAAAUCCUGCAAAACCGCCAUCACUGCCGCCACCACACAUGCAUCACCUCAAUCCACAUCAACCACCGCAAAAGCCUCCCAACAGACUCUCAUCUCACUGGUUCAAUCCGACCCGAGUUUCACGGAUCCCCCACGCAAGAAACAACCCGAAUCAGAAAUCUCCGCCGACAACAAUAACCUCUUCUUCCCCCUCCGCAACGACAUCUACCCAUGCACCGUCUGCGGCGAGAUUUUCCAGAAACCAAACCUCCUCGAGAGUCACCAAUCCACAAACCACGCCGUAUCGGAACUCACCGGAUCCGACCCGGGUCACAAUAUAGUCCAAAUCAUAUUCAAAUCGGGUUGGCCCGAAGCAAACGAGUUUCCAUUUCCAACUAUUCACCGAAUCCUAAAGAUCCACAACAGCCAGAAAAUCCUCUCCAAAUUCGAAGAAUAUCGCGAAUCCGUAAAAUCCAAAGCCACGCGUAACACGCGCCGCCGCGACGAACGCUGCAUCGCCGAUGGUAACGAACUCAUGCGUUUCCACUGUUCCACGUUUCUAUGCGAGUUAGGACAUAACGGGGAUUCUUCAAUUUGUUCUCAGCAAUUUUGUAAUAUCUGCGGAAUUAUUAAAUCAGGAUUUUCACAAAAAUUAGAUGGAAUUUCCACGCUGUCAACAAGCUGGAGGGCAAACAUGUCAAUUCCCGAUGACAUCGAACGUGAAUUUCGCUUCAUGAAUGUGAAGCGGGCCAUGCUUGUUUGUCGGGUUAUUGCGGGUCGGGUUGGGUCCGAUUCGGAUGAUGAGAUGGAUAAAACUGAUGGGGGUUUUGAUUCGGUGAUGGCGCAUGGAGAGAGUGAGUUGGUGGUUUUUAAUCCUAGGGCUGUGCUUCCUUGUUUUGUGAUUGUGUAUAGUGUGUGAUGAACGGUGAGGAUGAUUAUGAGCUUGAUCGAAUGGUCAAGUGAUGAUGGGUUGUAAUUUUAAUUUUGGUUAAGUGGUAUUUUAUAGUUAAGGAAUGUAUGUCUUUUUGAGAAA